AUGCAACCUGAAAUUGAUUAUCUUGGACAUACAAUAAAUGCUAAAGAAUUUAAACAACUUAAUACCAACAUUAAUGUCAUUGCCCAGGUUACUAACCCAAGAGCAGCAAAACAGGUACAUUCAUUUCUUCAAAUGGCAAAUUUUUAUCGGAAAUUUAUACAUAAUUUUACCGAAUUAACUCGUCCUCUUCGACCAUUUCAAAAGGAAAACAAGAAGUUUUAUUGGGACGAACAAGAACAAAUAGCGUGGGAUGCAUUAAAAACAGCAUUAACUACACCACCAGUUUUUUUUACAUUUUCCUCUGUACGACAAUACCGUGAAGAAAAGUUUCCAUUUGUACUUUCAACAAAUGCACCAUAA